GGAUUAUACCGUGGAUUACCUGCCCCUUUGUUUACAAAAGCAGCUGGUUGAGUUGACGGAAAAAUUAGUGAUGCCUCUUUGGUUAAAUAUUGAUCAUAGGUAUUUCGUGUUUGGGGCAUUUGGUGUCACUGCUGGAAUAGCAGUUUAUUCGACAUAUAAAUUAAGGAGUGAGAGAACAAGAAGACAGACAGAUAAUGUUUAUGAAUCACAAAAACUGUUGAAUGAAUAUCUCGUUUUUCAUUAUAGCUCUCCUUCGGAAAUUCUAAAAUAUGAUUUUGGACCAAAAGAUUCACUAGAUUUCCCCAAACGUUGUGCAGAACUUUGUUUAAAACAUUUCAAAGUAAAUGAUUCUGUACCACUUCGAGCCUUAGAUAUUGGCUGUGCUGUAGGAAGAUCAUCAUUUGAGCUUUGUCAGAAGUUUGCAGAUGUUGUAGGGCUAGAUUAUAGUCAAGCUUUCAUUGAUGCCUGUAAUACGUUGAAACAGAAUGGGGAAAUGCCUUACUUCAUUCAAGAUGAAGGAGAUCUAGUCACUCAUCUAGAAGCAGUUAUUCCUAAAUCUCUGGAUAGAAGUCGAGCUACAUUUAUCCAAGGUGAUGCAUGUAAUCUACCAUCAAAUUUGGGAAAAUUUGGAUGUAUUUUAGCUGCCAACUUAAUAUGUCGUCUCCACUCUCCAUUUCAAUUCUUGAAUCGUCUUCAAGGUUUGGUAGCACCUGGUGGUAUUCUUGUCAUUACUUCACCAUACACAUGGCUCACACAAUUUACUGAUAAGAGCACAUGGCUAGGAGGCUACAAAGAUGAAGCUGGGAGGCCGGUUACAGGGUUUGAUACUCUGAAGAAAACUCUUGGACCAGAUUUUGAUCUCAUCGAAGAUGUUAAUAUGCCUUUCUUUAUCAGAGAAACUGCACAUAAAAACCAGUGGUCAGUGGCACACGCAACAGUUUGGAAAAGGAAAGAUUUAUGAUUAGAUAUAUUUGGUGGUGAAGGGUAUUAAAAGUUAAUGAAAUGAAAGGCGAUUAAUUUUAUCAGUUGAUAUCAUUCUUAACCCAGAGAAACUGACUUUUUCUGUUCAAUGUAUAGAUGAUAAUUGCUCUUAAUGAAUGUUGAAUAUAUCUGGUUAAAAAUUGAGAACUCUUGAUAUAUUCAGCAGCACAAAGCACAUGUGAAAUUUUAUAAGGAAAUAUACACAUUUCAGACAGUGUUCAUGAUAUGUCUUACAUUACUAUGAUAUUAUUCAAUAUUUACUUGAAGAACAUAAGGUAAAAGUUGUUAUCACACAUUGUUUAUUAUUUACCAUCUGUAAGUUUGAUAUAAAAAGCACAUGUAA